ACCUGCAACCUUCAUUACUUCAACUAACGUCCCCCUUCCCUGCCGCCAUUUCCAAAAGCCAGCUCCGAUGCUCAACUAACUGAUCGUCGUUCCGAUUAUCUCCCAAUGUCUCUCAAAAACCGAACGCCGCCCAGUCCGCCACCGUCGCCGCCGGAUCUCAAGCACCGCGUCAUAACUUGCCUCAAUAAGCUCGCCGACCGGGACACACUCGCUCUUGCAGCGGCGGAGCUCGAGUCCAUAGCACGGAAUCUUACUCAGGAUUGUUUUUCUCCUUUCCUCAACUGCAUCCACAAUACGGAUGAUUCCUCCAAGUCUCCCGUCCGGAGACAAUGCGUCGGUCUUUUGACUCUGCUCUCUCACUCGCAUGGAAACUCGCUCUCGCCUCAUGUGUCGAAGAUGAUCUCCACUGUCGCUCGCCGCCUCCGUGAUUCUGACUCCGCUGUCCGAUCAGCAUGUGUUGAGGCGACCACCGCUAUGUCAUCACAGAUCACUAAACCUCCGUUUUCUGUUCUAUCAAAACCUUUAAUUGAACUUCUUGUGGUGGAGCAAGAUGUGAAUUCGCAGAUCGGAGCUGCAAUGUGUUUGGCGGCAGCGAUAGAGGCAGCGCCGAAUCCAGACGCUGAGCAGCUGAGGAAGGUGUUGCCGAGACUUGGAAAAUUGGUCAAAAGUGACGGGUUUAAGGCCAAGGCAGCUGCGAUUGGGGUUAUUGGGAGUGUCGUUGCUGUUGGUGGUGCGGGGAGUAAGGGGGUUUUGGACUGGUUAGUGCCGUGUAUAGUGGAGUUCUUGAGCAGUGACGAUUGGACGGCAAGGAAGGCAGCGGCAGAGGCGUUGGGGAAGGUGGCAGUGGCAGAGAAGGAGCUAGCGCCUGGGUAUAAAGCCCCGUGUUUAAAGGUUCUGGAGAAUAGAAGAUUUGAUAAGGUGAAGGUCGUCCGGGAGACAAUGAAUCGUACACUGGAGUUGUGGAAGGAGGUUCCUGGUCUUUGCGAGGACGUCCCAUUGCCAUCUCAAUCCAAGUCAUCUCCAAAAGAUGAUGCCAGCAUUGGAUGCUUCCCUUCUGUUGCCAAAAAUUCCAAUGUGUCUGGCUUUAAGACUUGUCGACCUAAAAAGGCCGUCCCCACGAGCAGGUCCCCUCUGUCCAACACUUUCCCUGUGACCGAUAUUAAGAAUGAGUCCCUCCUGAAUAGUAAGGACAGGAAUUCGAGCUCAUCAAUGUCGAGUAAGCUGGACCUCAGAAAAUCAUCUGCUUGUAAAUUGGAAAUUGUGGAGCCAAAGUCUCCUUCUUCGAAGGGGCAAGAUGAAAAUAUCAAAAGGAUUGACCAUGGAGUUAUGGAAUCAGAACAGAACGGGGACAACCAAAAUCAUAUGCCAGAAACAAAACAAGUACCCUUCAGUAAGACCCGAGAUGAAAAAGUGCAAAAAUUUGGUAGUUUGAGAUCUGGGUCUCGUGUGGUGCCAUAUCAUGAUGAUGAGAUCCUGGAUGUUGGCAUAAGUAAUGCAAGUGAAGUAGCUUGUGAGAACAGUAAAGACAUUGAAAAUCUAUCUAUGAUCCAUGAACAACUUGCUCAGAUUGAAAACCAGCAAUCCAGUUUAUUCGAUCUCCUGCAGAAAUUCAUUGGAAGCUCUCAAAGUGGGAUUCACUCUCUAGAGACACGUGUAAAUGGCCUAGAGAUGGCUCUAGAUGAAAUAUCUUAUGAUUUAGCAGUGUCAAGUGGAAGGUUUCCUAACACUGAUUCUGCUGGAAACACAUGCUGCAAGCUUCCUGGUACAGAAUUCUUCAGUCCCAAGUUCUGGAGGAAAACAGAAGCUCGAUUUUCUACUUCAAGGUUCUCUUUUUCUGGAUGCAUGCAUUCCCUAAAUGGUGUACAUAACACACCUAAUAAGGAUUCUGGUGUGGAAACAGAUAAGCAAGUCUUCCAGAGAUUUCAGCACCAAUCCAGGGAUGAAUUUUCUGUGGGCCCACUGGUUAAUGUUUGCAGUGAGCAAAGGGAGAAUUCAGGGUACUAUUUGAAUAGAAUAUCAAAAAGCAUGAAUCAAGAUGGUGAGAGGGUCCAGGUUUUCAAUGCCAGCAUUUCUGAUGGAGCACCACCUGUUACUUGUACAGCAUCCGUGAACCUAAGCAGGAGAUAUAGUUAAGUCAUUUUAGUUCAUGGAUUCCAAACUCCAAAGUUCCAUGGCUACAAAAUUUGAUAUAACAACCCAUUUUGGUAUCACAUCCUAUCAUCAUUUGUUUCUCAAUUGUGUUGAAUAGAUACAGUGAUACACCAAAAGGUUAUGCUAGGAUAGGGUCUUGAUAUUGCACUUCCUCUCUGAAUUCCUCAUAAUAUCUUCUGUUGCUUACUUGAAAAUAGCUUGACUGCAAAUUUCAGCUCACUUAUGUAUCUUUAUUUGCUUCUGACUAUGGCUUUGCUCAGGUUACCUGUUUUGCAUCAAGUGUUUUAUUGACUAGUUGAACUGUUUGAUAAUCUCUUUUUCUCUGUACCUCAGAUAGUCUGCUUCAAACCAGAACCAAAAUGUUUCAAAGACCAACUUAAUCUUGAGAUACAGGCACCCAAGUAAUCAAACUUGAAGAUGAUACAUCACAGGGAAGCGAGUCAUGGAUCAAGUUUAAUGAAAAGUUGCAUACCUUUGGUCCAUCUCACCGCAUUGUAGCGUUUUGCUUUUAAUUUAUAUUAUACUUUUUGAUUUAGUCAGAGUUGCCUUUCUGAAGCAACACCAAGGGUAGAGUGGUAGCAAGUAUUAAUAGAAUUAUUGUGCCAACACCGAUUGAAAGGGUGCUUUAAGGAGCCCUCAUCCGAGUACAGAAGGGAUGCAUUAUGCACCAUUUUUGAGCUUGUACUCGGUUCUUCUGUAAGGUAUGCAGUUAUCUUUUAACUUAUGGCAUCAUAUGUUCUCUAUAUCCUUCUAUUGAACUGAAGCUUCUACGUUAUGUACUGCCCUCUUGCAGAAUAGGCAGGCCUAAAAGGACAUUGGUCCAGAAAUAUGCUAAUUGCUGCCUCUUCCAAAGAGAAAAUCUCACCUUCAAUUCCUUAUUUUUUUUCUUUUGCAAUCCCUUUGAUAUUUUGAAUCAAUUUACGCGCCCCAA